AUGGAUCUCGAUUCUGGAGAUUCCCCGUGGGGCGAUGAGCCUUCGCGGUUCAAGCACAGCGACGGCCCCAAGCCCGGCGCCGAAGAAGGUGCAGCUGCAACCCCCGCGUCAGACAGCUCGCCCGCUGUCCAAACACCAGGAAGACGAGGCCCCCGAGGGACGCGCAAGAUCAACGCACAAGCCACUAAACUAGAAUCCAUCGAUGAUUCCGUCGACCCUCUCGGUCCAUUGGGAGAAGCGCCCGUCGAGGACACCCCAACACCCACAGAUGAGGCACCAGCACCGCCCCAGAAAGAGCCUUUCGCCGGACGGGGUGCACGACCACUUUCAUCUCCCUCCCAGGCAUCUGGAGUGGAGGCAGCAGACUCGGCCAAUUUGGAAGAGGAGAGCGCGGUCUUCCGAGGACCCCCUCCCGUGCAACCACCGGUGCAAGCGGAUGGACCGAAAAGACAGACGCAGCCUAGCAUGAGCGUGGAGCAGGCUGCGAAGCCGACUUUCCAUAUCUAUGUCGGAGAUCCGCACAAAGUGGGAGAUCUGACAAGCAGUCAUAUUGUGUAUCAAGUUUCGACAAAGACAACUUCUAAGGCCUAUCGCCAACCCGAGUUCACCGUUAGCCGUCGAUACCGUGAUUUCCUCUGGCUCUACAACUCCCUGCACAGCAAUAACCCGGGAGUGGUCGUUGCGCCUCCGCCCGAGAAGCAAGCAGUUGGCCGGUUUGAUACCAACUUUGUAGAGUCGAGGAGAGCUGCCUUGGAACGAAUGCUCAACAAGAUUGCCGGCCAUCCUAUUCUUCAACAUGACGGCGAUUUGAAAAUUUUCCUAGAAAGUGAAGCUUUCACCGUUGAUGUUAAGAAUAAGGAAAACAGAGAGCCUGAUAUUGGCCCAAGCAAGGGAAUGCUGAGCUCCUUUGGUAUUUCUGUUGGUGGAGGAACUAAAUUCGUGGAACAUGACGAUUGGUUCCACGACCGAAAAGUUUACCUGGAUGCAUUGGAGAACCAGCUGAAGGCUCUAUUGAAAUCAAUGGAUACUGUGGUUAUACAACGAAAGGGACUAUCCGAGGCCGCAAGCGACUUUUCGAGCUCGUUGCAUGCCUUAUCCGCCGUCGAGCUGUCUCCCGCCCUUUCCUACCCAUUGGAAGGCCUGUCCGAACUUCAGUUGCGCAUUCGGGAACUUUAUGACCGACAGGCGCAGCAGGAUGUUCUGACGCUUGGAAUCACGAUCGAUGAAUAUAUCCGUUUAAUUGGAAGUGUCAAGUUGGCUUUCACGCAGCGGCAAAAGGCUUUCCACACCUGGCACGCAGCAGAGUCCGACCUACAGAAGCGCAAGAAUAACCAAGACAAGCUACUCCGCCAGGGAAAGACUCAGCAAGACCGCUUAAACCAAGUCAACGCCGACGUUGCAGAUGCAGAGCGCAAAGUGCACCAAACGCGGCUGCUCUUCGAAGAUAUGGGUCGUCUUAUGCGGAACGAACUACAACGGUUUGAGAAGGAGAAAGUGGAGGACUUCAAGUCUGGCGUGGAAACAUUCCUUGAAAGUGCAGUCGAGGCUCAGAAAGAGUUGAUCGAACUCUGGGAGACAUUCCUUCUGCGUCUAGAUGCUGGCGAGGAAGGACUUCCGUAUUAUGUACCCCCCGAGGUGAGCGAUGCACCCGCUCCGGCAGAGCCCACAGAUGAAUCGGGGCUACUGGCCGCUGAGGAUGACGCUUGA